CAUCCCCGCCUUUCUUUCGUUUGAUCUCCCUCCCCCGUGUCUCAUUCCAUCUCUCGUUUCCAUCUCAUUAACACUCGCUCUUGUCCUAGAUCUGGUGUGAAUCCUGCUUUCUCGUCAACAUGGCGUCCCCCACUGCUGCCAAAGACGCCGAGCCCGCUGUCAACUUCUUGCACCACCCCUACACGCGUGCUGCACUGCCUUUCGUCAAUGGUGGUCUCGCCGGCAUGACCGCCACUGUGGCCAUCCAGCCCAUCGACAUGAUCAAGGUCCGUCUGCAGCUCGCCGGUGAAGGUGUCCGCACCGGUCCUCGUCCCUCUGCCAUCGGCGUGGCCCGUGACAUCAUCGCCUCCGGCAAAGUCCUCGAUCUGUACACUGGUCUCUCGGCUGGUCUACUCCGCCAGGCCGUCUACACCACCGCCCGUCUCGGAUUCUUCGACACCUUCAGCAAGACCCUCAACAAGCGUGCCGAAGCCGCCAACCGCACCGUCACCUUUGCCGAACGCGCCGGCGCCGGUCUCUCCGCCGGUGGCAUUGCCGCCAUGAUUGGCAACCCGGCUGAUCUGGCGCUCGUGCGUAUGCAGUCCGACGGUCUUAAGCCUGUGGAGGCGCGCGCCAAUUACCGAUCUGUUCUGGACGCCCUAUUCCGCAUUUCCAAGCAUGAAGGUGUCGCGGCUCUGUGGGCGGGCGCUUUCCCCACCGUCAUCCGUGCCAUGGCGCUCAAUGUGGGCCAGUUGACCUUCUUCGCUGAGUCCAAGGCCCAGCUCAAGGCGCAUACUAGUCUGUCUGUGCAGAAUCAGACCUUUGCCGCGUCGGCUAUUGCGGGCUUCUUUGCUAGUUUCCUCUCCUUGCCAUUCGACUUUGUCAAGACCCGCUUGCAGAAGCAGCAGAAGGAUCCUAAGACCGGUCGGCUGCCGUAUAAGGGCGUGUUGGACUGCGCGCGCAAGGUCGUCAAGGAAGAGGGCUGGUUGAGGUUCUACCGCGGAUUCGGCACUUAUUAUGUGCGGAUCGCUCCCCAUGCCAUGGUGACUCUUAUCGUCGCUGAUUAUCUCAACUUGAUUACCAAGUAGACCAUCACCCUCUUGAAUUGAGCAGCGGUUGAUUUAAGAUUGACUGAAUCUGUUGUGUACUCGUUGACUGAUGAUACGACCAUUAACACUACGCCAG